UUUUAAAAUUAACUAGAAUUGAACAUUAAAAAAAUUAACGUGGGUUAGUGUACAUUUACCUUUUUUUCUAAUCGUAACAGUUAAAUCGAAUGUUAUAUAAAACAGGAACAAAACAAAAUGAAUGCCGUUGAAAUUAUUUUUGAUUGCCUGUAACCUUUUAAAGCAUAAUUUACCUUACUCCUAAAAUACGUAAGUAAACAUACUCGAUUGUGUAUACGGUGUAAUAUAUCCACGCUGUCUUGCCCACAAAAAGUGAGAUCGCCUGCAUUACGACGUGGAAUUGGCAAUGGCUGAAAGUUCAAAAGGGUUUUUUACGUCCAUGAAAUAUCAGCCGGCGCACAUUGCCGCUAAUUGGACGGCCUUAAUGAAUAAAGGGGCGGCGCAGCCAACCGCGCGACAAGGCUGCUUCCUCAAUACUGCAGGCCGCCGUGUCGGACAUAGUCUUGCGCCGCCCCCACCUCCUGGACCUUCAAUGUUGCAUCGCACGGCGCGGAGUCGCUUGCAGACUCCGGCGGCCCGCGCCCCGCCCCGAACCGCGCACGCCCCUCUCCAGCCAGGCCCCGCGCCGCUCGCGCCCGCCAGCACUAUAUCCGCCGCCCCCCCCACUGCCAGCCGCCGCCGCCACCGCCGCCACCGCCACCGCCACCACCGCCAUCCCCACUCCUGCGCCCACCCACCGGCCACCACCACCGCCACCACCCACCGAUCACCACCGCCAAAUGUGCUAUAG